ACAAUUGCGAAAAAUCCCGAGUGAUAAACAACCAUUCAGAAUCGACAGAAUCCUCACUGCCUUACACCGCCUUCACUUCCGGCGAUGUACGAAGAACAGCCGAAUCAUGCACAUGCUUUCCAAAGCACUGCAUGAGUUUGGUAGCGUGGUACAAGAUGUCGAAAAUGUCGAAGCAAAAAGCAACAAAGAACAUGUCUACUCGACAGAAUUCUGCCAGUGAUGAAUUCAAAACUUUGUCGCCGACAGCGUCAACUUCAAAUAUCACGUCUAAAGACGAUACUGAUCCAGCCAUUGUUGGUUAUCUGCACAACGUGAGCCCAGUCAAGAAAAGCGCAAAAGGGUCAGAAUACUUUUCUUUUUCGAUCCAAGAAAAGAAAAGGACAGUUAAAGCCAUUUGUUUCUCGCCGAAGAAACACAAGAGCAAUGUCGAGCAGAAGGCAGAAUCUUCAACUCCAUGCAAACUGACAAACUUUGCACCUUCUGCAAGUGAACAAAAUGUGAUUUGGAUAAAUAAUAACACACAAAUAAACGACGCCAUUGAGACCACAGUCGACUUUUCAUUCAACGCAAGUUCCAACAGUCCAACCGCCGCUCUGGUGACAACCAAAGAUCUCGAAAAGAUCCAGAUUUUUCAGGCGAUUACUAUCCGGGGAUUAAUUGUAUUUGGUGGAAACCAACCAGAGUCCAUUCCUACAAAACCUGACCUCAUCAAAAAAGAAGGCUUGCUUCUAGAUAAGUCUGGUAAGAUAAGAAUCACGUUAUGGAAUGAGCAAAUUCAACGAGUGGAAGAGGGGUUUUAUAGCAUAGAAAACAUCCGUCUACGACAAUUUAAAGGGGAAAAGUACUUAUCUGGAGACAAAGAAACCCUCUUUACGAAGCUCACUGAAAAUGUGCCACAGAUAACUAAUGAGGAAAUUAAAGACGCACAAGAAGCAUUGAAGACAAGUGAAAUAAUCCUACCUCGCAUCCACACCGCAGACAUUGCAGUCUUCUAUACCUGUCUCACAUGCUCAAAAACGAGUUCCCUUUCAGCAAGAAUCAAGCAUGCUAAAGUGCCUAAGUUGCAACUCAAGAUUUCUUAUCGAGGACUCCACAAAAACAACAGCAGCUCGCAUCUCUGUCAAGAAAACUGAUACAGAAACGGUAUGGUAUUCAUUAUUCAGCUCAACAUUGGAGCCCAUCAUUGAAAAGUACAACAAAGAAAACAACGACACUGAAAACAUUGAGAACAUUGAUCCAGAGAAGCUGUGCGAAAUCAUUCUUAAAACAAGAGGUGCAAAAGUACACGUCAAUGGAGUAAACAAUGUAAUCAGUAUUUC